CCGGCAGUCUGUAUUCGGAUGACUUGAGACAGCGCAGGGUUGGGUGAACGCGUCCCAUCAUGCAGCGCGCGCGCCAGUCCUCACUCACAUACACACCCCCGCAGUAGGACACUCACAUCCAGGGAUUGGACUAAUGGCGGCCGGCAAAUCCGUGCGCUGACACGAAAUCCACUACAGCCGCUCGGGUGCCAGCCUAUUUCGUGGGGGGGCAGGGCGACGUCGCAUCGCUACACGAACGGUAAAGAAGGGAGGGCUGAGGGGAAACAAUCGGCGACUUCUAGCAGGACUUUACUAUUUUUAAACAUGGAUGAACAGCCCGGCGGAGGAGGAGGAGGAAUGGCCGCCCAGAGACAGCAGCAGCAGCAGCCCGCACCGCAGCAGGGCAACAACAGCAUUAAUCCCCAGAUCGCCAGCUCUGGAGGAGCGCCUAUGGUUCAGCAACAGCAAGACGAGAUGCCCAGGCCCCAGCAGUACACUAUCCCGGGGAUUUUACACUACAUCCAGCACGAAUGGGCCCGUUUCGAGAUGGAAAGGGCGCACUGGGAUGUGGAGAGGGCCGAGCUCCAGGCUCGAAUAGCGUUCCUCCAAGGAGAAAGGAAGGGUCAAGAAAAUUUAAAGAAUGACCUUGUUAGAAGAAUAAAAAUGUUAGAAUAUGCAUUAAAGCAAGAAAGAGCAAAAUUCCAUAAAUUAAAAUAUGGGACAGAACUAAAUCAAGGUGAAAUGAAAAUGCCUAGCUUUGAAUCAGAUACCAAAGAUACAGAGGUCUCGGCUAUACCUCAGAACAGCCAGUUAACGUGGAAACAGGGCAGGCAGCUCCUCAGACAAUAUCUUCAGGAAGUAGGUUAUACGGACACAAUACUGGAUGUCCGGUCGCAGAGAGUGCGGUCGUUACUGGGGCUGUCGGGCUCUGAGCAGAACGGUUCUGUGGAAACCAAGAACCUAGAGCAAAUUCUCAAUGGAGGAGAGUCUCCAGCCAAAAGAAAGGGACAAGAUAUGAACAGGAAUCCAGAGGUUCUGGAGACAUUUAAUUUUUUAGAAAAUGCUGAUGAUAGUGAUGAAGAGGAAGAUGAUGAGGGUGACAUAAUGGAGGAUGUGCCUGACAGGAGCAAUAAACGUAGAAUAAAGAAACAUAAAAUUAAGGUCGGAAAUGAAGGUUUGGCUUCCGACUUACCGGAUGACCCCGACACAGAGGAGGCACUGAAGGAGUUUGACUUUUUGGUAAAUGCAGAGGAUGGAGAAGGUGCCGGGGAGGCUCGGAGUUCAGGAGACGGCACAGAAUGGGCUGAGCCUUUGCCAUUCACGCCUGGUGGGGGCAAGUCCUUUAUCAUGGGCUCUGAUGACAUGUUGGAAAGCGUGCUGGGCCUGGGAGACCUCGCAGAUCUGACUGUGUCCAAUGACGAGGCUGAAUACAGCUAUGAUCUGCCAGCCAAUAAGGACGUGUUCAGGAAGACAUGGAAUCCCAAAUAUACCCUGCGAAGCCACUUUGAUGGAGUGCGGGCCCUGGCCUUCCAUCCUGUGGAACCAGUGUUGGUCACAGUCUCGGAAGACCACACCCUCAAACUGUGGAACCUCCAGAAGACAGUUCCAGCCAAAAAAAGUGCCUCUUUUGAUGUGGAGCCCAUAUACACGUUUAGAGGGCAUAUUGGGCCUGUGCUCUCAUUGGCUGUGACCUCGAGUGGCGAGCAGUGUUUUAGUGGUGGAAUUGAUUCAACAAUACAGUGGUGGAACAUCCCCAGCUCUAAUGUAGACCCUUACGACACAUAUGAUCCCAGCGUGUUGGCUGGUACGUUGUUGGGUCACAGUGACGCAGUGUGGGGAUUGGCUUACAGCGGAAUCAAAAACCGGCUGCUCUCCUGUUCAGCUGAUGGGACGAUCAAGCUGUGGAACCCUCAGGAGAAGUCACCGUGUCUCAGCACAUUUAACUCCGAUAGAGAUCAUGGUGUUCCCACAUCAAUUGAUUUCACUGGGAGUGAUCCAGCUCAUAUGGUGGCAUCCUACAACACGGGAGAUGUCGUUGUUUAUGAUCUAGAGACAUCACAGCCCGUCUUGGUAUUGUCUGCGCAGGGAGAGAGCACUAUUCCUUUUGGGAAUCAUAUUAAUAAAGUAGUCACCCACCCCACCCUGCCAAUCACAGUCACCGCUCACGAGGACAGAAACAUCAAAUUCUUUGAUAAUAAAUCAGGUCAAGCCAUCCAUGCAAUGGUGGCUCACUUGGAUGCUGUUACUAGUCUGGCUAUAGAUCCAAAUGGCAUCUACUUGAUGUCAGGAAGUCAUGAUAGUUCCAUCCGCUUGUGGAACAUGGACAGUAAGACGUGCGUACAGGAGGUUACCGCGCACAGGAAAAAGUCAGAUGAGGCCAUUUACGAUGUUGCCUUCCACCCAUCUAAGGCAUACAUAGGAAGUGCCGGAGCUGAUGCCCUGGCCAAAGUGUUUGUAUAAAAGAACGUCCGAAUGAAUGCAUACGUGAAGACGAGAAAGAAAGGACUGCGUCACUGCCUUGUGUAACAAGAGUAGCAUUUCUCACACUACACUGAAGUGGCUUCCACCUUCGCUGUCAAACUCACACCACACACACAACAUUACCAGGUGCCAAGAGGGGGGCGUGCAGUGUGAAGCCAGUGUGGAGUGCUCAAUCAGUUUUAAUCUUUUUUUUUUCUCCUCAAAAAAAA